AUGGACGGAGCAUUAGGAGAAUUUUCAAGAACACUCAUUUCAAGUUUAGUUCCAACUAUUUCAAUUCAAUUAUUUUAUAAUAAUUUUAAAAGACGUUUAUUACUUCAUACUACAUCAUUAAGUAAAGUUGAAUUAAUUUCAAGUAUAAUUUGUUUCAUUGUACCUAUAUUGAUUUUCGUUUCGUCAACAUACUUAAAAAGUAAUGAUUUAUUUCAUGAUAAUUAUAGACACCUUAGAACAAUUGGAUUAAAAUAUUUUGGAUAUGUAUUAAUUCCAAUUUUAUCAAUCUUGAUUUUAUUUUAUUUAAAUUCAUCAACAAAUAGAGAUUCAGAUUAUCAAAUUUCAAGAACCAAUGCUUCCAUCACAUCAACUAUAUUUCUUAUAAACUCAUUAAUAAUAAUAAAUAAUUCGAUGGAAUUAUAUAAAUUUAAAUAUUUAAUAUUAUUAUGUUUAGAUUUUAAUAAUAGAUCAAAUCUUUGGAAAUUUUUAAAAUUUGCAAUUAUUGGUGCUUUUACAAGAGCUUUUUAUUUUGGAAUUAAACACUAUCUUGAACUUAAACAAACUAGUUGGAUUUUUGAAAAAGAUUUACCAAUUGAAGGAUUUUGUUUUAUUACUAAAUAUUUAAUUGAUCAGUUUUAUUUUUUUAAGAAUAUGACGGGAUUGAUAUAA